CGUUUUAUACGUUGUUUGCAGCGGUCAGGAUGCCUGAACCAGCGAAGUCUGCUCCUGCUCCUAAGAAGGGUUCUAAGAAAGCAGUAACCAAGACGCAGAAAAAAGGGGACAAGAAGCGCCGCAAGACCAGGAAGGAGAGUUACUCUAUCUAUGUCUACAAGGUGCUGAAGCAAGUUCACCCCGACACCGGUAUCUCCUCUAAGGCCAUGGGUAUCAUGAAUUCCUUCGUCAAUGACAUCUUCGAGCGCAUUGCUGGCGAGGCGUCCCGCCUGGCGCAUUAUAACAAGCGCUCCACCAUCACCUCCCGGGAGAUCCAGACCGCCGUUCGCCUGCUGCUGCCUGGGGAGCUGGCCAAACACGCCGUGUCUGAGGGCACCAAGGCUGUGACCAAGUACACCAGCUCUAAGUAAGCAGGAGCUGUACCGCUUCGGGAAGCUGUUACACCUAAAACCCAAAGGCUCUUUUAAGAGCCACCCACUUUCUCAAUGAGAGUUUCAGUCACUGUUUGUCACUGUUUUAUUAGCAGAAAAUAGGUAGACGUAUACUCUUAAAACACGCCUUGAAUAUCUAGGCUAGAUGUUAAUUACAUUCCUUGAACUUAACACCCAGUAAGGUGGAUCGUGUGAUCGGAUCCGGGGUAAACCUAUCUAAUAAGGGCCUUCUAAUGCUGUGAGUAAACUAGAUAUUUUUUUAUUAGCUACUUAGAAUAUGCAUUAGUUAAAUACAUGUAGCUUGUAGUACAAGCAAACUCUGAACAGGAAAUGCAAAACCCUCAGUCCUGGCCGACACGCGUUUAUCUCUAAGUAAGCGGGGGUAAAUGAACAUGGAAAGGACACAGCGCGGAGAUGUCUCCACAUUUUAUAUAGCUUUGGAAGAGCUCGCAUCUUUAUUUUAUUCAUGCCUGAAACUCAGUGUGUUAUAUAGAUGGUCGUUCAUAGACAAAAUAAACUUCGUUUUAAUACCAGA